GAUUUCCGGGUGGCAGCUCGUGCUUUUUCCAGCGAAACAUCGGCCUUGUCUGUAAUACCUGUGGAGGAUAUGCAUUUAGCUGACAGUAGCCUACAGUGAACUCAGUAGUCACUUACGGACAGUACAGAUAAAAUUUCGAUCUAUUGUUUAAUCAUUUUGAUUUGGCGGAGCGUGUACCCGCGGCGAUGCCCUCCACCCUGAGCUCCAGCAGCCCCGCCACGGGGCUGAACGAGGUUCUGGAGAACACGGGCCGGCUGAUCGACCGACACCUGCAGGAGGACCGCUGCUUCCCCGACCUGUCGGAGCUGCUCUACGUCCCCGCGCACAACAUGCCGUCUCUCUCGGGGGUGUCAGACAUGGACUACCCCCUGCAGGGCCCGGGGCUCCUCACCGUGCCCAGCCUGGCGGAGCUGAGUGCGGUGCGCCGCGUGCCCCUGCCCCCGGAGCUGGUGGAGCAGUUCAGCCAUAUGCAGUGCAACUGCAUGAUGGGAGUGUUCCCUGAGAUCAGCCGGGCGUGGCUCACCAUCGACAACGACAUCUUCAUGUGGAACUACGAGGACGGGGGGGACGUUGCCUAUUUCGAUGGGCUCAGUGAAACGAUCCUCUCAGUUGGGCUGGUGAAGCCAAAGGCGGGGAUCUUCCAGCCCCACAUCCACUUCCUGCUGGUCCUGGCCACUCCUGUGGACGUGGUGAUCCUGGGACUCAGCUUCUCUAAAGCACAGACGGGUCUGAACGACAGCCUAUCGGGAGCCAUGCAGCUGCUCCCAGACCCGCUGUACUCCGUCCCCACUGACAACACCUACCUGCUGGCUGUCACCUCCACCCAGCUGGGCCGCAUCUUCCUGGCCGGCAAAGAUGGCUGCCUGUACGAGAUCGCUUACCAGGCGGAGGCGGGCUGGUUCAGCCAGCGCUGCCGCAAGAUCAACCACUCCAAGAGCAGCCUGUCCUUCCUGGUCCCCUCCCUGCUGCAGUUCUCCUUCUCCGAGGACGAUCCGAUCGUCCAGAUUGCCAUCGACAAUUCCCGGAACAUCCUCUACACACGAUCAGAAAAUGGCGUCCUGCAGGUUUAUGACCUCGGAGCCGAUGGGAGUGGGAUGAGUCGGGUGGCGGCCAUGUCACAGAACUCCAUCGUUUCAGCAGCGGGAAACAUCGCCAGGACUAUCGACCGCUCAGUCUUCAAGCCCAUUGUGCAGAUCGCUGUGGUGGAUCUGUCCGAGUCUACAGACUGUCAGCUGCUGGCCAUCACGCAUGCAGGAGUUCGGCUGUACUUCAGCACCAUCCCCUUCCCCACCCCCAAUGCCAAACACGCCACGGCCCGGCCCAGCAUCCUGUCGCUUGUCCACGUCCGCCUGCCCCCUGGAUUCUCCGCUUCCUCCACCAUGCAGAAGCCCGCUAAAAUCCACAAGGCCCUGUACAGUAAAGGGGUUUUGCUGAUGGCCUCUUCAGAGACGGAGGACAGUGACAUUCUGUGGUGCAUCAACCACGACUCCUUCCCCUUCAAGAAGCCCCUCAUGGAGGCUCAGAUGACGAUGCACAUCGAUGGCCACUCCUGGUGUCUGUGUGCUAUCGAGGACACGAAGGCCUCCAAAAUCUCCACACCCCUCAACAAGGACCUCAUUCCUCUCACUGACUCGCCCGUGGUCGUCCAGCAACAUAACAUCCCGCCACAGAAGUUUGUCCUCCUCUCCGCCAAGGGGAGCCACAUCUUUCACAAGCUGAGGCCGGUGGAUCAGCUGCGCCUCUUGCUGGUGGGCAGUGCUGGCGGGCAGGGCGAGGAGAUUGAGCGCUUCUUCAAACUCCACCGGGAGGACCAGGCCUGCGCCACUGCCCUCAUCCUGGCCUGCUCCAGUGCAGCCUGCGACAGGGAGGUGUCUGUGGGGGCCACCCGCGCCUUCUUCAGAUAUGGAGGAGAGGCACAGAUGCGCUUCCCCUCAGCUCUCUCUGCUCCCAGUAACCUCGGGCCCCUGCUGGGCUCCCCCGUCCCAGGAUCCCCCAUGCCUGUAGGUAGUCCCCUCCCCAGUGCCAGUUUCCUAGCAACGCCCAUGCCAGGAGUGAUGCCUACCAGCAUGUCCACGCCUUUCUGUCCUCCCUCCUCGCUGCCCCCUGGUGGAGGUCCUUUGGCGGUGUCCUCCGGGCCAGAGGUGGUGUUCUCUGGGAAACACAACGGCAUCUGCGUCUACUUCACCCGCAUCCUGGGGAACAUCCUGGACGGGAGUCUAGCAGUGGAGAUGGCCGUCAGCAAAGGAAAUCAGGUUCUCAGCGUGCUGGAGAGCACGGUCAGUUCGGCGGACCUGCAGUCGGUGCUGUUGGAGCUGCGGGGGCUGAAGGACUUCCUGGACAAGAACUCCCAGUUCAGCCCCUCCUCCCUGGGCUCAGCCAGCUUCAGCUCCCCGGGGAACCUGCAGCAGAGGCUGCUGGGAUUUAUGCGGCCAGAGAGGGGCAGCUCUCAACAGGUCCAACAGGAGCUGCAGAGGAAGUACCACACGGAGGCGCAGGCGUAUGAGAAAGUGUCUCUGCAGGGCAUCCAGCAGCUGGUGCAUCGGUCCUGUCAGACCCUGGCCCUGUGGAAGCUGCUCUGUGACCACCAGUUCAGCCUCAUCCUGGCCGAGCUGCCCAAGGAGUUCCAGGAGCAGGUGAAGGGCAGCAGCUUUAAGGACGUGGUGAUCCACGGGCGCGAGCUGACCGGGGCCCUCAUCACCGCCCUCAUCAACGUCUACAUCAAAGACAGUGCCUCCGUAGACGCCAUCAGCACGCACCUGCGGGACAUCUGCCCCAUGCUCUACAGCAGCGAGGACAGCGUCUGCUCCAAGGCUAACGAGCUGCUCCAGAGCUCCAGGCAGCUACAGAACAAACUGGAGAGGGAGCGCACGUUGAGAGAGUCACUGCGUCUGUACCAGCAGAUCAGCCACCACACCGACCUGCCCCUGGUCUGCACCCAGUACCGCCAGGUGCGUUUCUAUGAGGGGGUGGUGGAGCUGUGUCUGGUGGCCGCUGAUAAGAAGGACCCUCAGGGCCUCGGGCUCCACUUUUAUAAGAACGGGGAGCCGGAGGAGGAUGUACCUGGACAAGUGUCCUUCCAGGAGAGGCUGUCCAGCUACAAGUGCAUCACAGACACCAUGCAGGAGCUGGUGAACCAGAGUAAGGCCGCGCCUCAAUCUCCCAGCGUCCCCAAACAGCCCGGGCCGCCUGUCCUGACCUCUGACCCCAACAUGCUGAGCAAUGAGGACGCGGCUGCCCAUUUUGAGCAGAUGAUCAAUCUGACACAGAGAUCUCAGGACGAGCUCUUCCACAUCGCUCUGUGCAACUGGCUGAUCCAGGCCGACCUCACCGACAAGCUACUGGAGGUAAAUUCUCUGUUCCUGGAGGAGCACCUGAUGCGCAUGAUCAAGCAGAACCAGAACAAAGUGCGCAACAUGGACCUUCUGUGGCGCUACUACGAGAAGAACCGCAGCUUCAGCAAAGCAGCGCACGUGUUAGCGCGGCUAGCUGAUAUGCACAGCACUGAGAUCUCUCUGACGCAGCGGUUGGAGUACAUUUCCCGGGCCAUCCUCUCCGCCAAGAGCUCCUCCUGCACCUCCGCCCAGGGGCCGGACGGGGAGUUUCUGCACGAGCUGGAGGAGAAGAUGGAGGUGGUGCGGAUCCAGAUGCAGAUUCAGGAGACGCUCAGCCGGCAGUACUCCCAUCAUCCCUCAGUGCAGAACGCCAUUUCCCAGCUGGAUUCCGAGCUCAUGGACAUCACCAAGCUUUACGGGGAGUUUGCGGAUCACUUCAGAUUAUCGGAGAGCAAGCUGGCCAUCAUUCACUGUGCCGGGCACUCUGACCCCAUCCUGGUGCACUCCCUCUGGCAGGAGAUCAUGGAGAAAGAGAUGAGUGACAGUGUGGCCAUGAGCCCAGCUGACCGCAUGAGGGCUUUGAGUCUGAAGCUGGUGUCUCUGGGGAAGAUCUACGCUGGAACACCCCGCUACUUCCCCCUGGAAUUCCUGGUGAAAUUCCUGGAGCAGGAAGUGUGUCGGCUCAGCUGGGAUGUGGGCUUCGUCACCUACACCAUGCAGGAGAUUGCAGUUCAGCUGCCCAGCCUGCUGGAAGUGUACGACCAGCUCUUCAAGACACGGGACCCGUGCUGGCAGCGUCUGAAGAAGCCCCUUCACCUGGUGGAGUGCAUCCACGUGCUGCUCUCUGGUUACGUGGCUGACCCGAGCCGGGUGCCCAACUACGACAGGCGAAGGUUCACCAACGUGUGUCUGGACAACAUCUGUGGCUAUCUGGUGGAGCUGCAGUCUCUGACCCCCAGCGCCUCCCUGCAGCACAUAAUCGGCAAUUUCAAGUCCCUGCAAGCCAAGCUGGAGAAGGUGCACUGAGGAAGAAAUUCUACAGUCCACCGAGGAGGGGCCUGGUUUCUGAAUCUUGAAGAUUCCUCACUAGCAAGCACAUACAAAGACGCCUUAUGCCAAGCUAGCCUGCACACAGGCUAGCACUCUUUAGGACUCAUCAAUGUUAGCCAGGUUAGCACUGCCCAGGUUAGCUGGGCUACUGCUGGAUGCUCCUCUGGUGCUUAUGGCUGAACUCUCUGCCAGCCAGCAAGACAAGAUGGCCGCCCUAACCAAUGACCUGUUUGUGUUUCUCAUGAAACGCGGCAAGUACAAGCAGGUUGAAUAAUAAUAAUAGGCCUUUUAUACUUUUAACGUACACCUGAAUUUGAGCGUGCGUUCAGCCCUCAACUGCCACCUCCAGAGAAAUGUGGUUCAAUCUGCUGCUAUCUGUGGCUGAGAUGCCAUUUUGUUGUAAAGGAUGCUGAAUAACUGGGAGAGGAAGCAGAAGAGCGUUUUUGUCAGGGUCAUGGAUGUUUUGUGGUGAACGUUUUUAUUGAAAAAAGUAUGCCUCACCCAAAGCAUCAGCAUUCUUUAGGCAUUUCAUAUUGUUUUUGCAUGGGCGUAUGUCACUGGUCAAUAUUUGCGAGUUGCCUCCUCCAGUGGCGCACACAAAUUAUUUUUAUGGAUACUAAGAAAAAAUGAAACUAUAUUUGUGCACUGAAGUAGUGUCAGGAUACUCUUUGUGGAAGCAAUGGCACUACACCUCCAGCAGCCUUGCCUCAACUCAUGGCCGCGCUGUGUUCAGUGCAGUGGUUUGACCUUUGUCCAUUGGGCUUACAGCAAGCCUCGUACACUGGAGAUGGGCCCAGCCCUCGCUGAUGUUUAAACUUCAGUGUAGCCCUGUAUCUAAAGAGACUUGGACUUUGAUGAUUCUGAGAAUCGCCAGCACUUUCUAUUUUCAAUAGAUGUGUGUUGCAGCUCUCCGCCAUUUUCUCUUCUGUUGGGUUAUAUUUGCCGGCUUCAUUCAUAGCCUGGAAUUUACAUGUUAAUUUAAGAAUUUAAGUUUGCUUGGAUUAAAAUGUGUUCCUCACUUAACCUAAUUGCGUUUGGUUAUCACCAAAUGUAAUAUUUCAUUAUGCAGUAAAUGGAUGAAGGUUAUGUCUUUUACAUUAUUCUUUUCUUCAGUUUUGUAUUGUAUUCUUGUAUUUUUAUAUUGAUUAUUUGUAGAAAACCUGAAUAAUAAAAAACUUAAAUCUACAAA